AUGAGGUUAACACCGCGUUUGUUUUCCCCAUUAAAAGUAAGCGUACAUUGUUUGGAUACUACUUUGUAGCCACUUACUGCACUGGUCACUGGAGGCGCAUCUGGACUGGGUCUGGCAGCUUGCAAAAAAUUACUGGCCAUCGGCUACAGAGUUGUCGCCCUAGAUAUAGCAAACUCGGACGGGCUAAAGGAUCUGGGGGAAAACUUCCUGUUCUCCAAAUGCGAUGUUUGUCCCUCGUUAUAGUUUAUUUAUCAAGGUCACAUCGGAAGAAGAUGUCACUUCUGCCCUAGAAUUGACAAAGAAGCAAUUUUCGUCCAUCAAUGCCCUUGUUAACUGUGCUGGAAUAGGAAUUACCCGGAAAACUAUCAACAUAGUUUCAAAAACUGCUCAUGACCCAAAAGAAUUCGAAAGAGUUUUCAGAGUGAGUCUUUGUUUAUCAAAUAAUGGUCUCUUCUACCCGGACCGGUGUUUGCUGUCUUACCUUACCACUGUUUUCUGCUGCCGGCGACGACCUCUGCUCUUUUACUUUGUAGUUCUCCAUACCUUGCUCUGUGCUACUCUCUUAUAGGUUGUCUGUUUUAAGUACUGCCUAGCUUCAGGCUUUCGAUUAGUUAGUUAAUUUGCACACAUUUGUGCGCAAGGAGCUUUACGAAUACCCUGUUUUGAAGUUAGUAGAGCAAACUAAAGUUCCUUUUUAAAUUAUCUAUCACUGGGCUUGAAAACGUACAUCUGUAAGCUCUCAUAUAAACCGGGAUUCCAUGAUAAUAGCGCAAUUCCAAAUGAAGUUCGAGAUAAUGGACCGACUGAUCAGUUACACCAUUAAAUUAUGGAAACGCUCAAAUAAAAGUGCACAAUCUUCGUUUAUAACUGUCAAAGGACCUAUAGACCUUAAAGCCGAAAGUUAAACAGCUUCGUAGAUGUCGGACUGCCUGUCGUGAAUUGCUAAGUUGUUUGGUGCACUGCAUGCUUUUUAACUCACCUAGGAUGUUCUAGUUUGGCUUCAUAAGCGUACUACGCGUCCUGUCGGGAAUCCAUAGACUUAGAACCCGACGAAAUGUCGCGUGCUAAGAAAACGCCCACAACAUUAUUGGAACAAUCGUUCAUCGUUAGGUCACUUGCAUUAUAACGUCUUUUGACGUUCCAAAUUACGCAGUCUCAGAACCAAAGCAAAAUCCUUUGUGUCGGAUCAGAAAUUUGCCAUUUUAAUUUUGCCGUUACUUCGGACCGAUCCUUUUGGACUGGGCUGCCGCCAAGAACUUGAAUCGAUAAAACUGGUAGCUUAAUUAUGAUCCUCCCGGCAGCCUUACUAAAUAUUAUCUCCCCCCUGAACACCAAUUUGCAUUUUUGAAUGCAUGACUAAAGUCCUUCGUUUUCGGUUUUCCCCUUCCGACUCUAAGUCAACAAUGUUUACCGAUGGGUUAACGCUAUUCCUUGGUAGGUUAAUACCUUUGGCACCUUCAACACAAUCCGUCUUGCUGCCUUGCAUAUGACGGAGAAUGAACCAGACGAGGAUGGUCAACGUGGCGUGAUUAUAAACACCGCAAGUGUUGCUGCCUUUGAUGGUCAGGUGGGUCAAGCGGCCUACGCGGCCAGCAAGGGGGCCAUUGUGGGGAUGACCCUUCCAAUUGCACGCGACCUUUCCAGACACGGAAUUCGCGUGGUCACUAUUGCUCCAGGUACUAUUUUUCGUUAAUUGUCUUUCACAGAAGUCCACACUAGCAGUUUUUCGUUGUUACUCAUGGCCGACCUUUGAUUCACUUGUGUCCACCCCCACAAUUUCGAAAAAGACGUCAUUCGACAGCAAGAUGACGAGUAGACAUCUGACAUAAAUGGUCUCGGCUUUGGCGAGCGCGCAUUUUCAUCAUUCAUACUGCACACCACCUAUAAUUUACAACCAAAAGCCCGCAGACAGAUGUAUCAUACCGAGUCCUGUUUGAAAUCUGAUCCAAAACGGCCUCUUUUUUAGAAACAGCUGUCUUCCGAUGCUUAAUUUCCCCAACACAUGCGAGAUUUAUUCCGGAAACUUCGCAAACAGACCGAGCGACUACAUACGCGUGCUUAUGACGACAUUCAUUGCAAGUAAUUUAGUCAACUUUAGGUUGUUUCGAGCGAUUAUCUUCCAUUGCUGUCAAAUCACAACAGAAUUACUGUCGAAGUUUAGCUGAAUGACAGACUGCAGACUGUGGAGCCGGCGAUGAUCUGAAGGUUUAUUUCUAUUAUUACACCAUGCCAUCAGUUGGUCGUUCAUAUACCGUUCAGGCGUAAAACCCAUCCAUCUGAUGCGACAGGUAGGGGGGUACAUGUGAAUAACCAGGCUUCCAACCGACUAUGGUCGUCGGUCGAAGAUACACCUACUGACGAAUUCGGCGUAAACAGUUUCAUUCACGCGAGUGACGAAGAACGUUUGCAAGUAGUAUCCUUCGUCUUUGUCCGACUAGAUGUUUUCACAGUGAGUGCAAACAAGCCAACAGACACAGCUGUCUAGGAGGACUGACCGGACGGAUGUUGGGACCACUUUUUGUUGGCUGGCCGUCGUUGAAAUCCGCUUUAAGACCAGCCACCCAGUUGUGCUUGUGUUUUUUGGGAGGAUUAAUGCCCUCUAUAAAGGAUCAUGCGGGAGUGGCACUCGACCGACAUGGGGGCCAAAUCAGGGUACGGCACGCUUUUGUUAGACUGCACACCCAUAACCAAUGCCAAACAUGCGGGGUUUGGUGGUAGUUUGGCCCACGCCGUGCCAGCCACUUGCGCCCAAACCCCGAUGGCUGGCUGAUUCGGACCGUGGACUGACGCAUGGGACAGGAGAAAGUGAGGUCGACCCCGGGUACUCCGUCCCUGCGGCACCCAGCGCAUAUUCCUCACUACAAACAGUCUGACGCGCAUUUUGACUCACGGUACGCCAAAACUGACGGGACAACUCGGUCAUCUCAGGACUGAUAGUCAGACUGCGAUGGCUCCUUAUUGUCACUCCAGUGACAUGUGGUCCGGGCCGCCCACCGCUUUUGUGUAAAAACCUGAUGUUGUGUGGGGGUCAAGUCGUGUGUGAAUCACUCAGCUGGGCUGUCAGCCGCUGCUUGCACUGCCCGAAUCAGUUGAUUGUCCGGCUCGGGCAGUGGACUAGUGCCUGGAAGAGGGAAGGGGAGUGGGGUCGACUCUUAGCGCAUAUUCAUCGCUUAAAACAAUUUGGUGUUCGUUUAAGCUAUCAUCGUGUGCUAAGAGCCGUGGCUUGGAAGGCUGCCAACUGGCGGGGAUAACUCGUUCCUCUCAGUAUAUAGAGCCAGGCUUCAACGGCUACUUCUUAAUGUGGCCUCUAGGGCAUUCCUGCACAGUUGGCAUCCGAGCCGCUUAUUUCUUGUUUGCUCGAAAACCUGGUUAAUCGUAUGCUAUCCAUGUAUGUGCAUGUGGCACGCGCAGAUGAGCUGUUUUCCCUUGUGAGCACUGCGUCUGGCCCCGCCUGCGGUUUUCUUGGAUCUCCCUCGGCACCGGUUUUUGAUGGGUGAGGGAGGAAAGAGUGUGGUAGGCGCGGCGAAAGCCUACUAUCGUUUUAAACCUACUCAUGCCCCUGCUGUGAGGCACUUGGUGGACCUUAUCGGUAACGACAGUCGAACUGAUAUGUAGUUUGUGGACAGUGAGGGAGUGUUCACACUCGGUAAAGACGAAGCACCCAAUAACAUACGGUCUUCGUCUUUUAAUUUCACGCGUUUCCGCCAUUCCCCAUCGUUAAUUGAUUAUCCUAAGUCUUACUACACAGCCGUACCCUGAAACGCGCUUUUCCCCAUCAUUGCUGUCUUUAGGCCUAUUCGAAAGCCGUUUGCUGUUUGGCGAACGUCAGGUGAAAGAGGAUAUCGUAGCCUACGUUUCCGACAUUCAAUUGGUGAUCGGACGCCUAGGUCGUCCUGAGGAAUUUGCUCUGGCCGUCGAGUCUUGCCUACAGAACAAAAUGCUUAAUGGCGUCUCCCUGCGGCUCGACGGAGGCGGACGUCUAGUCCAUCUGUAGUUUGGGCUUCCAAACAUCUUUUCCGCACGGUUCCUUGCUCUUUUGUACAGAUGCUUUCCCUUCUCCAUCUUUCACCUUUUGCGCAAACUGUCACUACCACCUGUCCAUACACGAUUGUUUGCACUCACCCAGGCGUCUUCGACACCCCGAUGCUGACUUCCCUUCCACGAAACGUUGCGAACCACCUUGUUCGCCAGACUCUCUUUCCCAAGCGCCCCGGCAAACCUGAAGAAUUUGCACACUUGGUCAUCUGUUUGCUAAGAAACCCCAUGUUGAACGGAGAGGUGAUUCGUCUGGAUGGCGGUCUUCGAAUGCCACCCUGA